AAGAUGGAGGUGAGAGCCGGGGAGAGACUCGCGUGGCUGCUGCUGUGCAGCCUCCUGUGCGUGGACUCGGUGCUCGGGAAAUACGUGAAGGGAAUCAUCAACACGAAGGAGGACUGGGUUUUCCUCACUCGCUUCUGCUUUCUCACCGAUUUUGGACGUCUAGAUUUCCGGUUCCGCUAUCCAAAGUCUCGCUGCUGUCAGAAUAUAUUGCUUUACUUUGAUGACAGUUCUCAGUGGCCAGCUGUGUACAAGAGGCCUGAAAAGCAAAACUGCUACCAGAAGGAGGCGGUGCUGAGGCCCGAGAACAACCAGGUCAUCAACCUCACCACCAGCUACACCUGGUCCGGCUGUGUGGUGGAGGCAGACGGGAACGAGGAGGUUCUGAGCUGCGUGGGCGGACGCAGCUUCCGCUCGGUGAGGGAGAGAUGGUGGUACAUCGCUCUCAGCAAGUGUGGGGGCGAGGGCUUGCGGCUGGAGUACGAGAUGAAACUGACCAACGGACAGUCUUUCUGGACGCAGCAUUUCUCCGCAGAUGAGUUUGGAAUCCUGGAGACGGACAUCACAUUCCUGAUCAUAUUCUCCCUGGUGUUCAUCCUCUCGUGCUACUUUGCCUACAAUCUGAAGGGAAGACAGCUUCUUCACACAACCUACAAAAUGUUUAUGACGGCGGCAGGUGUGGAGGUGCUCAGCCUGUUGUUUCAUUGCGUCUACUGGGGCCUGUACGCCAGAGAUGGAGUCGGCAACGGCAGCCUGAAAAUACUCGGGAAAUUACUGUUCUCCGUCAGUUUCCUGGUGUUCCUGCUGAUGCUCAUAUUGUUGGGCAAAGGUUUCACUGUCACCAGGGCGAGGAUCAGUCACAGUGGGUCGGUGAAGUUGAGCAUUUACAUGACGGUCUACACAAUCACCUACGUGAUUCUCUUCAUCUACGAGGCAGAGUUCUUCGACCCAGGUGAGGUGCUGUACGCCUACGACAGCCCCGCGGGCUACGGGCUGAUGGGCCUGCAGCUGCUGGCCUACGUGUGGUUCUGCUACGCCGUGCUGGUCUCCCUGAAACGCUACCCAGAGAAACAGCCCUUCUACGUCCCCUUCUUCACCGCCUACACACUAUGGUUUUUCGCGGUGCCUGUGAUGGCUCUGAUCGCCAACUACGGGAUUCCUCGCUGGGCCCGGGAGAAGAUCGUCAACGGGAUUCAGCUCGGCAUCCACCUCUACGCCCACAUCGUCUUCCUUGUCAUCACACGCCCCUCGGCAGCCAAUAAGAACUUCCCCUAUCAUGUUCGGACAUCCCAGAUCGGGAUCCUGCUGUCCAGUCCGAAGGGGGGUGAGGGGGGAGAGAGUUUCCCCCAUCAUGCUUACGGAAACGGCUCCUUCGUGGGAGAUUCUCAACCGAACUUCACGGAGCUCUUCUCCAUCCAAUCAGAUCCAGUGAAGACGGUGGAGGAGACGGUGGCCUGUAAAGGACCCGAGGUGCCGAGGAACAGCGAGCAGAAGAUCAUCACCACAGCCGCUGACCUGACGUCCAUAUUGCCCCCGCCUCCGAUACCCCCCCGCCUGGCUGCACGCUCCUCCCCACUCCCGCCCCGGCUCCCCUCGUUCACCGAGUAUUUCAGCAUGCAGGGCGGAGGAGGGUUCGGAACCAAGGCGUGA